CUGGGCCUCUGGGUAACCAAGGAAGAUGCACUUAGUAGAACGAGGGGCGAGUUUGUGGGGGGCGGUAGCAGAGAGGUUGGGGUAGCAGAGGCAUCCGAAGACGCGGAGGUGGGUGUAGGACGGGGGAGUGCGAUAUAGAGCUUCAUAAGGAGUGCGAUUGUUAAGAGUGGUGGUGGGAAGAAUAUUAAAGAGGUGAGUGGCCAUGUGUAGGGCUUCUACCCAAAAGUGAGGGGGAAGGUUAGCUUGGAAGAGAAGAGUGCGAAUGGUGUUAUUGAUGGUGCGGAUGGUGCGUUCUGCACGGCCAUUUUGUUGGCUCGUGUGAGGGCAGGAGAAACGGAAGAGUAUGCCUAGGGAUUCAAAAAAUGUGGCAAGGGGGUUAUUUCUAUAUUCAGUGCCAUUAUCACAUUGUACAGAUUUUAUUGUUGUAUUAAAUUGAUUUCUAACAA